AUGACCUUUACAACAGAACUCCGACCAAUGUCUCCCAACUCUGCCAUAAGUUCUCCGCCCACACCUCACAUCGCUUCUGGGACACAAACACCCGUCGGCCAACGAAUGGUCGCAGCGAGAAAAGCCGAUGGCUAUAGGUUAUUCUCAGACUUCAUCUCCUCGGACCCGCUACGGUCUACAACUAUCUUCCGACGUUUUGAUCGUCUCGCUAUGCGCAACCUACUCUACCUGGAGAGCGAACUGGCAGCACUAGAAAGCGAGGUCGAAAGAUUGGACAUGGAUCUGAUCCCCGAGACGAUGAUCAACCAUCUGGGAGAUUGGACUAUACUCAAGGCCGAGGCUGAAUAUGCGGAAGAGGAUACAACCGAGAACAUAUCCGAAGAAGAGGCCCGGAAACAAGAGUUGAUGAUAGCAAGGAUGAAAUUAGUAAAGAAGAUCAGGGUCAAGGUGAAAGAGUAUCAUGAAGCGCUGAAGUUGAUGAAUGAGAUACUUGCUCUCGAAAGACCAGAGCAUGAUGAUAUUGAAACCAACGGCCGUAUAUUCGUCCAACCGGAUGAUGACGAUUAUGACCCUGAUCAUUGGCAAGACAAGGCCGAAUCUCAUGCCAUUAUUCAAGGUGCAAUGUCAAUGCAUCUCUGCGAGGAGAACCGAAAAGACCUUUGCACUUUGGCGCCACAAGUAGAGCGAGAUCCCUUUACCCGUCUUGUCGAGAGCAAGCAUCAACUCCGCAGCAUGAUCAAAGACAAGACGACCGGUAUGACCAGUCUCUCCAAAUGGAAGCGCCUGAACAAGGUCAUCACCUGGAUUAGCGUAUGUGUUGUGGUGGCCUGGCUCGUCGGUGCCAUCCUGGGUUUGUUUUUCUGGGAGUCAAACACCGGCCGCCUCAUUUUGCUCAGCGUCACGACUAUGGGCUUUGCAGUUUCAAUUCUCUGGCUGACCACUGCACGACGACACGAUGUAUUCGCAUCUACGGCCGCAUACGCUGCUGUACUUGUCGUCUUUAUCGGGAGCACGCUUCAAGGUAAUGGAUCUCAGAGUGCUGCAAAUGCUACAUCGAGCAAGACACGAGCAACCAGAUAUCUCCAGCCCACUCGGACGUAUCUAACCUCUGGAUUUGGGACAGAGUACACCUCGAAUAACACUUAUGCUGUGACGCUGAUAGGUGGGAUGCUUGUUGUCACUAGCGUGUUACUCAGCGCGUUAUUGUUGCUGCAAUUAAGAAGAGGACGUAUAAGACUAUAG